AUGGUGAACGGUCCUGCUGAACUUCGUAGAAAAUUAGUCAUUGUUGGUGAUGGUGCCUGUGGUAAGACUUGUUUAUUAAUUGUAUUUUCCAAAGGUACAUUCCCAGAGGUAUAUGUUCCCACAGUUUUUGAAAAUUAUGUUGCUGAUGUUGAAGUUGAUGGAAGAAAAGUUGAGUUGGCACUUUGGGAUACUGCCGGUCAAGAAGAUUACGAUAGAUUAAGACCAUUAUCAUACCCAGAUUCAAAUGUCAUUUUGAUUUGUUUUUCAGUUGAUUCACCCGAUUCUUUGGAUAAUGUUUUGGAAAAAUGGAUCUCAGAAGUUUUGCAUUUCUGUCAAGGUGUCCCCAUUAUUCUUGUUGGUUGUAAAUCUGAUUUAAGAGAUGAUCCCCAUACCAUUGAAGCCUUGAGACAACAACAACAACAACCAGUUUCAACUUCUGAAGGACAGGCUGUUGCUCAAAAGAUUGGUGCUGCUGAUUAUUUGGAAUGUUCCGCCAAGACUGGAAGAGGAGUUAGAGAAGUGUUUGAAGCUGCUACUAGAGCUUCAUUGAGGGCAAAAGAUAAGAAGGAAAAGAAGAAGAAGAAGUGUGUUGUUUUGUAG